GGUCACCCUAGUUAAAGAAAAGUCUUAAAUUUCAGUACUCAUCCCACUGAACAUCAAUUUUGGAUAUUGGGCAGCUACUUGAACAAGAUCUUAAAAAUAGACCAUUUUUGUUCCUUAAUCAAGACCACCAAGGCAAACUAAACAACAAAACGGUGUGGAUUGCAGCGUCCUAGCUGUCCUUUUGUCCCACCUUUCAGAGGACAUGCCAUCCGUGUUGCUGCUGUGUCUCCUCUGCAUGGCAUCACCACAUGGCCCAGCUCUGAAAAGCUGAAGACAGUCGGGAGAUUUAUACCUGAGGAGCAGAAUUGAUGGUCUGGACUGGCACCUGCACUUUCCUAAGAAAAGUCAUGCUAUGAUGUUGGUGCUACGGAGGUUACUGAAGAAGCGCUGGGUGUUGGGGGUUGUCUUCGGAUUGUCCCUUAUCUACUUCCUCACCAGCACACUGAAACAGGAGGAGAGAUCCAUUCGGGACCGCACACUGUUAGAAGUUAAAGAUUCAGACCAUCGUAUCCCCUGGAAAGUACGUUUCAACCUGGGUAACAGCAGCCGUCAGAUUACUCAGUGUCGAAACUCCAUUCAGGGCAAGAUAUUACUCACAGAUGAACUUGGUUAUGUCUGUGAGAGAAAGGACUUGCUGGUUAAUGGCUGCUGUAACGUCAAUGCUCCCACCACCAGACAGUACAUUUGUAAAAGUUGCCUGGCCAACGGCUGCUGCAGCAUCUAUGAGUAUUGCGUGUCUUGUUGCCUCCAGCCUGAUAAGCAACUUCUUCUAGAGCGCUUCCUGAAUCGUGCAGCUAAAGGUUUCCAGAAUCUUUUUACAGCCGUGGAGGAUCAUUUUGAGUUGUGCCUCGCUAAAUGUAGGACUUCUUCACAAAGUGUUCAGCAUGAGAACACCUAUCGAAACCCCCAAGCAAAAUAUUGCUACGGUGAGAGUCCUCCAGAACUUCUACCUGUGUGAACUGGAACUACCUAGCUGGAACUACCUAGCUGGUUUAAGAAGAACAAGUGGAACCACGGAAACCAUUAAAAAAAAAGUACUUUGAAGAAGAGACUGAGGAGACUUAAUAAAAUAAAUGCUGUUUUGGACAGUUUGGCAUUAUCUUUGCAAAUGAAGACAUUCAAAACCUUCAACCUCAGAAAGAAGAACAAAUGCUGUUUUUAAUUGUAUUAUUUACACUUCAUAAGUGCAUAGAACGCUUCAUGCAUUCAUCCAUGAUGAUCAUCAGGUCUCCUGCACAGACAGCUUCCUCAUCAGGUUUUGUUUCAUACAUCUUUGUAUAAAGAAACUGGUUUAAUCUUAACAUAGCCGUUUUUUUUUUUUUGUUUGCUUGCUUUGUGGACAAAACUGAAAUGGCUAGUGAUGUGUUGGUGCUUUGGUGUGUAUUGCAUGCAUAUAAAAUGGAUAUUUAAUAAAAAGUGACUGUGAAACCGAAA